GUUCUUCAGUAUCCCAAAGGACCGACGCGAUGGCUGCUGCUCGUUCUUUUCAGUUGCUCGUGAUUGGCGGGGGUUCGGGUGGUCUGGGCUGUGCUCGCCGUGCCGCUGAAUUUGGCAUCAAGGCGGCUGUCGUGGAGGGCGGCCGAAUCGGUGGCACUUGUGUCAACGUGGGCUGUGUUCCCAAAAAAGUCAUGUACUACGCGGCAACGAUGUCCGAGGCCCUGCAUGACGCCAAAGACUAUGGCUUUGACAUCACCCAGCAUGCGCCCUUUGACUGGCCCACUCUCAAGAAGAAGCGAGAUGCCUACAUUGAGCGUCUCAAUGGCAUCUAUGACCGUAACCUGGAGAAAGGCAACAUCGAGAAAAUUGUCGGCCACGCCAAAUUUGUUGACAAGAACACGGUCGACGUUGAUGGAACCCAAUACACUGCUGACCACAUUGUCAUUGCCACUGGUGGCUACCCGACGCUGCCCAACAUCCCCGGGGCGGAGCUUGGCAUCACUUCUGAUGGAUUUUUUGAUCUGGAAACCCUUCCCAAGAAGGCACGCGCAGGUUACAUCGCCGUUGAGAUGGCAGGCAUUCUCAACGCACUUGGCUCGGAUGUCACUCUCUCCAUCCGCCACGAUGAGUUCCUCCGACCCUUUGACGAGCUGGUGCGCAAGCAGCUCAUGGAGGAGAUGACCGCCGCUGGCGUCAAAGUUGUGACUAACAGCAGUACCUCAAUUGAGGAGCUUGACUGCGUGCUGUUUGCCAUUGGCCGCACACCUCACUCCAAGAUCAACCUCGAGGCGGCUGGCGUGCAAGCCGAUGCGAAGGGCUAUAUCCAAGUGGAUGAAGACCAAAACACCUCCCAGCCUGGCAUUUACGCCUUGGGUGACGUGUGUGGCAAGUAUGAGCUGACGCCUGUGGCCAUCUCGUGCGGUCGCAAAUUGGCACACCGCCUCUUCGAGCCCAAUCCCAAGAGCAAGCAAAACUGGGACUACAUUCCCACCGUCAUUUUCAGCCACCCGCCCAUUGGUACUUGCGGCUUCACUGAGGAUGAAGCUCGCGAAAAGUUUGGCAGUGACAACAUCAAGGUCUACAAGGCUACUUUUACUGCCAUGUACCACGCCAUGACUGAGCGCAAGACUAAGACGGCCAUGAAGCUGGUCUGCAAGCUCCCAGAAGAACAGGUCGUGGGCUUGCAUAUGAUCGGCCUUGGGUGCGAUGAGAUGCUCCAGGGCUUUGGCGUGGCCAUGAAAAUGGGUGCUACCAAGGCUCAAUUUGAUUCUUGUGUCGCCAUUCAUCCUACGUCUUCGGAGGAGCUGGUCACCAUGCGAUGAGCACCUAGCGUAUCUGGGAUUUGAGAUUCCUUCUCCCUUUGAUCGUCGCUGUUUUAUAAGAGUUGAAAGUCGCACGUGUGUUUUCAAACUUGGGAUGUAUCGCUGCUAGUGAACAGUUUGAUCAAUUUUUGACAGCC